AUGCCGGAGCGGGGGAUGCAGGCGGCAUGCGGACGCGGGGCUCGGGACUUCUACGUGGAGACGUUGCUCCAGAGCCCUCGCACCGAUCUCAAGUUCGGAGUGAACGCCAUCCUCGCCUCCGAUCCGCAUCGGAGCAAAAUUCCGGAUCUCUGUCCUUCCGGUGAAAGUGUUGGUUCUCAGCUAUCACCGCUCACGUACCAGAUAAAUAAAGGCUUUUCUCGUCACUUUCGCCAACCACCUCCUCUACAAUAUGUCAACUUCAGGACGCCUUUUGUUUCAGCAGGUUGCGCAGUGUCCCACGGAUAUCAGAGUCUGGGUGAUACCGUGAUGGGGCAGAGCAUCCCUUUUUCCAUCCCAUCCUCAGCGACGGCACUUCCAACAGCAUCAAGUGUCCCUUUUCCUUGGGCAACAGCAGCUAGGGGGAAGCCCAGAAGAGGAAUGAUGCGGCGGGCCGUCUUCUCGGAUGCUCAAAGGCAGGGGUUGGAGAAACGCUUCCAGCUGCAGAAAUACAUCAGCAAGCCAGAUAGGAAAAAGUUGGCAGAAAAGCUGGGGCUCAAAGAUUCUCAGGUGAAAAUCUGGUUUCAAAAUAGACGCAUGAAGUGGCGAAACUCGAAGGAAAGGGAACUUCUUUCUUCUGGUGGAACCCGUGAACAAACACUACCGACGAAGCACAAUCCGAAGCCAGACCUGAGCGAUCUCGUGAUCCGGGUUAAAGUUCCUACCACCCAAGACAGGAUCCGGGACAAAGAGCCGGAUAUCUCGUGCGACUGCAUGGACUUGGAUGCCGAAAAUUCUUCUGAUGGCAUCGAGCUCAAAGUGGUCUGA